UUGACAAAUUUCUAAACAAAUAAAACAAUAUUUGAGUACUAAACUGGUAACCAGCAAAAUUCGCAGUGAAGUAGCAGUAUCAGGUUGUGUAGAAAGGAAAAGGAAUCAUGACCUGUGUGUUCUAGUACCCCGCUCUUCGAAACAAAGGUCAUCGGUAAAGGAGAAUCACAACAAAUCCCAGCAGACAGCUUUACGGCAGGAGACGGUUUGUACCGCAAGGAAUAGGAAGAAAACAUUUACGACCUGGGGGGCUGUUAUCAGUUUAUCAGGCCUUUCAUGAUCACUCCCGAAAGUGGCAGCGAUAGGUGAAAUCUUCGCUUUUUUCGCUAUUGAACGGAAUCUGUACGGCAUCUAAUUCGGAUCGGUUCGUGUUUGUUUCAAUGACAUGUGUCGAUCCUGGUUGGCAAUAAACUAGCGAUCGAGUCGUGGCACGGAACAGGUUAUUGGUGUAACGAUAAAAGCGUAAGAUAGAGAGGCCUUUGAAGUUCUAUGUGAUUUGCGAGCGAUCGAACUAGCGCGUUGAAGAUGUCCUUCAAGGAUCUUGUCGAGCCGGAAUGUGGCGGAGCAAACCCGUUGAUGAACCUGGGCCGGCAGGUGCGACGUGAUGUUGCCCUACAGGACGAAGGUUUGGCGGGCGGGCGCAGUUCUUUCGCCGGAGCAGAUCGAGAGCUUGUGAAGGAAUACAUGGACCAAAUAGCACCGGGUCCACAAACCUUCCGAAUGGAUGAGCUGCUGAAGGAGAUGCGUGAAAUUGAUGCCCACAAUCAUAGGCAGCAGCAAAUGGUAGGGCCGGGUCGAACAAUCGAUAUGGUAGGACCUGGUGGUGCUUGGAGCGAAGAGUUUCGCGCUGAUGCCGCUCAUCCGAGAGAGGAAAGCAAGCUGUCGAGUGUCUGGUCUCAAUCGCAGAUGCCACCAAUUCACGCCAAUAUGCCAUUGAGAGCUGUAGAUGCCACCCAUCAACAGCCCACCAUUCGGCAAGCGGCCAGUGACAUGAUGUAUCACGCUUACGGUGGACAAAUGUACAACCCAAACAUACGUCAGAGUGAGUUUGUACGUUUUAUGGGCAACGUAAGUGCGGGAAAUGUACGAAUCAACGAUGGAAGUGUCGAGGUUUCGCACAGCGUAUGGGAGAAUCGAUUCGAUGAGCUGGAGGCAAGCUCCUCAAAGGGGAAAGUGCAGCAGCAAGAGCAUAAACCAGACGAAACACAAAAACAGGAAGAUGAUUGGGCGAAGGCAUUUGUGGAUGAAAAGCAGGGAGAGGAUCAAGCCUCAGACAAUUAUAACAAGCAAUUUUGGGAGCGCCUGCAAGACGAAUGGCGAACGCUGUCGGAAGACGAGGGAAAACAUCCGUGGCUGUCCGAGUUUAAUGACUUUUAUGAUCCCUUCAAGGAGUACAAAUUCGACGAAGAAAACCCGAUGGCGGACGUGGAGAAUGCGUUCGAGAAGGGUAAAGCGUUCCUAGAACAGGGUGACAUUCCGAGUGCAGUCCUGUGCUUCGAGUCGGCCGUCAAACAGGAUCCGGAGAAUCCGGAAAUUUGGGAACAGCUGGGCUUUUCACAGGCAGAAAACGAGAAAGAUCCGAACGCGAUCGCUGCAUUCAACAAGGCACUUUCAUUCAAUCCCAAUAACAUGCCGGUUCUGAUGGCUUUAGCCAUUUCGUACACUAACGAGGUGUUGCAAAACCAGGCCCUUCGGAUGUUGGUCCGCUGGAUGAAGUGUAAUCCGAAGUAUGAGCAUCUGGUGCCGCCAGAGAUGCUCCAAGCGGAGGAUUCACCCAUAGCAAGCUCGCUGAUGGGCGGACCGAAAUUAAAGGACGUGCAGGAACUCUUCAUAAAGGCGGUUCAACAGUCGCCGACCGAGAUCGAUGCGGACAUACAGGAAGCGCUUGGCGUGCUCUUCAAUCUAUCGUCUGAGUUCAACAAGGCGGUUGACUGUUUCAAUGCUGUACUACAAGUACGUCCAGAAAGUUCUAAGGCGUGGAAUCGGCUGGGCGCCAGUUUAGCCAACGGCAAUCGUUCUUUGGAAGCGGUUGAUGCGUACCAACGUGCACUCGCGUUCCAUCCUGGGUUUAUCCGGGCCCGAUUCAACGUGGGCGUGAUUUGUGUCAAUCUGAAAGCGUACAAGGAAGCGGCAGAACAUCUGCUGACGGCGCUGAAUAUGCAGGCAAACUCAGCCGCUCGUUCCGGGUUGAAGGUGCAGUCGAUGUCUAAUCAGAUGUCCGGUGCAAUCUGGAGCUUGCUACGCAUGGUGCUGUCGCUUAUGAACCGGAAAGACCUGCAUACGGCGGUGGACAAACGAGAUCUAGAGAUGCUGAAUCGGGAGUUUCCGAUGAGUAACGACUAACGGACGGGUAAAUACAGCAGCGGGUAACGAUUGAGGGUGACCAUGCAAUGCGUUGUUCAGCAUUAAACCGUUGAUAUUUAAAAUCCCGCCAGCAGCGCUACCCUUGCACUGCAGUUGAUGGGAGGGUAAUGGGAAUUAGUAUAGGUGCAAAUUCGACAAAGUGGAACGGGCGAAUAAUUUUAUCGCAAAAAAAAAAAAACUAGGGUGUUUGUCAAAGCGGGAUUUAUGUUAAUUUUAUUUUUUGUUAUGAACGAUUAAAUGUAUUUUCGUUUUUGAAUUUUGCUAGCAACAAUAUAUAAAAAGGAAAGGACGUACCAAACGCGGGCAAAUGGUUACAAUGAUUCGGUUGCGAGGAAAUUGAUUAUAAACGUACCUAAACAUGGAGUAAUUUGUUGGGACGAACGCGUAGAAGUGAAUAACAAGCGCGCUAAAACGUGAAAUAAUGUCCCUACAAUUUUACUAAUAGAUAAAUAUACACAUAUAAA